GGAAUUGGAGCCACACUCCCAUCCCCGGAGCGGCGCCGGCGAGGAGCUGAAGCCCAGCCAGCGGCGCCGGAGCCGCUCCGUGGCAGCUUUUCUUGGGAGGGAUUUCAUAAAAGGGAAAGAAACCAACAGGUUGAAAACCUGAAGAAACCAGCGGUACUCGGAACUGAGAAAAGAGUCCCCAUUUCUGCUGCCAAUCUUGCUUCCUGGGGAGGGUAAAAGAGGAAGGGGCCGGAACUGGAGUGAAUCGGGAGGGGCGACAGAGAUGGCUCGCCCUGACCUGGACUCGCUGUCUGGGCUGCCGGGGCCGCCGCCACGGCCGCUGCUGUCGCUGCUGCUGUUGCUCCUGGCGCAGCUGGCGGGGCGGGGAAAGGCCUCCUCCAAGGCUCUGGUGUGCCAGGAAAUCACGGUGCCCAUGUGCAGGGGCAUCGGCUACAAUCUGACGCACAUGCCCAACCAGUUCAACCACGAUACCCAGGACGAGGCUGGGCUGGAAGUGCACCAGUUCUGGCCGCUGGUGGAAAUCCAUUGCUCGCCGGACCUGCGCUUCUUCCUGUGCUCCAUGUACACGCCCAUCUGCCUGCCAGACUACCCCAAGCCCCUGCCUCCCUGCCGCUCCGUGUGCGAGCGGGCCAAGGCCGGCUGCUCCCCACUCAUGCGCCAGUAUGGCUUUGCCUGGCCCGAGCGCAUGAACUGCGAUCGCCUCCCUGUGCUGGGGGACACCGAGACCCUGUGCAUGGACUAUAACCGCAGCGAGGCAACAACGGCCCCGCCAAGGCCCUUCCCUGGCAAACCGACAUUGGCUGCCCCGCGAGCCUCGGCGUCCUCUGGCGGGGAGUGCGGCACCUGCGAGUGUCGGGAGCCCUUCGUGCGCAUUCAGAAGGAGACGCACCCGCUCUUCAAUAAAGUGCGCACUGGCCGGGUGUUGAACUGCGCUGUGCCCUGCUACCAGCCCUCCUUCAGCCCAGACGAGCGCACUUUCGCCACUUUCUGGAUCAGUUUAUGGUCCGUCCUCUGCUUCGUCUCCACCUCUACCACGGUGGCCACCUUCCUCAUCGACAUGGAGCGCUUUCGCUACCCUGAGCGGCCGAUCAUCUUCCUGUCCGCCUGCUACCUCUUCGUGUCCUUGGGCUUCCUUGUGCGCCUGGUCGUGGGCCAUGCUAGCGUGGCCUGCAACCGUGAGCACAACCACAUUCACUAUGAGACCACCGGGCCAGCGCUCUGCACCGUGGUCUUCCUGCUUGUCUACUUUUUCGGCAUGGCCAGCUCCAUCUGGUGGGUCAUCCUUUCCCUCACCUGGUUCCUGGCCGCUGGCAUGAAGUGGGGCAACGAGGCCAUCGCAAGCUACUCGCAGUACUUCCACCUGGCCGCCUGGCUCAUCCCCAGCGUCAAGUCCAUUGCAGUGCUGGCCCUGAGCGCUGUGGACGGUGACCCCGUGGCUGGCAUCUGCUACGUGGGCAACCAGAACCUGGACUAUCUGCGAGGCUUCGUGCUGGCCCCACUCGUGGUCUACUUGCUCACCGGCACGCUGUUCCUGCUGGCGGGCUUCGUGUCCCUCUUCCGCAUCCGCAGCGUCAUCAAGCAGGGAGGCACCAAGACGGACAAGCUGGAGAAGCUGAUGAUCCGCAUCGGCCUUUUCACCGUGCUCUACACGGUGCCCGCCAGCAUCGUGGUGGCCUGCUACCUGUACGAGCAGCAUUCCCGGGAGAGCUGGGAACGGGCGCUCACCUGCCAGUGCCCCGCCGGGGAGCCCGGGCAGCCCCGGGCCAAGCCUGAGUACUGGGUGCUCAUGCUCAAGUACUUAAUGUGCCUGCUAGUGGGCAUCACCUCGGGGGUCUGGAUUUGGUCGGGGAAGACGCUGGAAUCGUGGAGGCGCUUCACAAACCGCUGCUGCUGCCGCCGCCGGCGGGGCCACAAGUCGGGCGGGGCCACGGCCGCCCGGGACUACGCGGAGGCCAGCGCAGCCCUGACGGGUUGCAGGACCGGGGCUCCUUGCCCGAGCGCAGCUGCCUACCACAAGCAGGUGUCCCUGUCUCACGUGUAGCGGCCCGCUGGAGGGGGAGGGGUGAGGGCCG